AUGAAAAUUAUAUUGUCGUUGGAUGGGUUGUUCCUUUUACAGUUGAACGUUCACCAAAGAUCACUCGGAGCGGCGGGUCUCGAAAUUUGCGGAGCUGGUGGAAGUGUUCCUCAAGGACAACCGAGCAGCGCAGGUUCCGUCGGUUCGGCACCCAGUCCAGCGUCGCCAAGGCCAACUCCUCAACCACGACCACCCGUUGCAUCCACCACUUCGCAACCCUCGAGAACGUUAGACGACGACAGAUCGACGGACGCCGUAGGUACUGGCACUGCAGCGGAGGAUUCAGACGAUGGCGAGAGCAUAGCGCAGUACGUCAGCACAAAUUGCGUGGUCUUCACUCAUUACCGAGGGGACGCUGCGUCCGAGGUGGAGGAGCACUUUCAAAGGGCAUUGGCGCACGACAAACCGAAGGAAAAUAUCUCUCCCAUGUUCAUGAGGAACUUCCCCCCUUCCUUCUGGAAGAGCCAGCAUCCUGGUGAGGUCUACGAGUGUCCAACGGAUCCAUGGCAUCCGCAUUAUCCACAGUAUCACCACAGGGCUGUGCACGAGUAUCACCAUCAUAAUAUGGCGACCGUGACGAGUUACGGCGGGCUGCUGUUGGGUGGUGCGCGAGGACUUGGCCACCAUGCGGCGCACCACGCGCACUCCGCGGCCUCCUACAAGGACUGGCCGUCGGCCACGCCGUCGCAGUCGUUCGUCGACGCUUCCUCCGCACCCUCUUACCCGCACGGCUAUUACGCACCCCUCUCUGGUCUCGAGUCUCAAGUGCAAGAUUCCAAAGACCUUUACUGGUUCUAGAAGCGAGCCACGGAGUCUCGUGGGCCGAACUAAUUCGCAACAUCCGGUGGAUGAAUACCGCGAACGAGAGAGAAACACGAGCUCGUGAUAAUCCGCGCGACCAACAAUCGGAAGAACAACGAAAAACUGUCAGCUGCUCGGACGAACGUACCGACAAUAUGGCGAAACCGGAACCGCUCGGUGGAACGUCAUCGUUUCAGGAGAGGAGGGACGAGAGCGCGUUCGCAAUUCGCGAACCACGGAAACCACGUGAUAUUAGCGUACUAGGGGACGAUUCAUCUUCUUCGCCGGCGAGAAACACGGGAGAGGUGGAUGGAACAUUUGUUAUACCGGGGGAGGGCCGGAGGCGAAGAUUCGUUCACGCCGCGUCGAGCGCAUGUGUACAUAGUGUUACCUAAUUUACUCAUAAGGAUCUACUAUUAGCGUACAAUUCAGAUAGUAUUAGAGGGAUACGUUUGCGCGCACUAUUACCUUCAUAGUGAACUGAACGAUGUAACACAAUGUCCGACCGACCGCUGCUGGAAACAACAAGAAGAGCCUCUAGAGUUUCGUAUAGAGUGUAGGGAAAUUAGGACAUCGACAGUCGGCGUGUCCAAAUUUUCCAAAUAAUUACGGAGGAGAGGGAACCGCGACGCGAUCGUCAUCCGAUGUCCUCUUCGUUGAAGGGUUGAAGAUAAUUCGAGUUGCAGGAAGAGAUUUAUGUUCCUUGAAUAAUACUAUCUUCUACUGUAAAGUGUAUUUUUCUUUUUCUUUUUUUUUUCUUUUCUUCUCUUUUCUUUUCUUCCGUUGAGAACGAGAAAUGAACCCGGAUGUUGGGGCUCGUUGAAUUUAUCGGAAUUUAUUCGGUUUAAGUUAUUGAAGGUUGAGGCAGAGAUCGAAGAGGAUUUAAUUAUUUGGCGAAUUUGACUGCAGAUUUAAGUGAAAUAUUUAUUGACCAAUGAUCUUGCCAUAUAUAUAUGUAUAUAUAUAUGUGUAUAUAUAUAUAUAUAUAUAUAUAUAUAUAUAUAUAUAUAUA